CUGAGGUCUUGGUUUGAGCCGAACAAACGAUGUUCGUUCAGACGCUGCGACUCUCCAACCGGCUGCUGCAGCACACGGCUGCUGCUCCACACGGCUUCUUCUCCACACGGCUUCUUCUCCACACGGCUUCUUCUCCACACGGCUUCUUCUCCACACGGCUGCUGCUCCACACGGCUGCUGCUCCAGCUUCUUCGUAGACUUCUGCUCGCUUCCACGGACAGGCUGGAGGGAGGCCUCGGGUCCAGUCUGCUGAGGAAGAUCUCUUCCAGGAGGCGAAACAACAGCCCUCAACCCCCAGAGGACAAUGAAAUGGGAGGAAGUGGGGAUGACGGUGGACCCGGCAGGCUGAGCCGCCGACUGUCUCGUCUGGGCAGCAGGCAUCAGUCCAGGGAUCCUCCCAGACCUCCAGCCCAGCCGGACAGACCUGCAGCCGCCCCGGUUCUACAAGAUGAGCGUCCUCCUCCACCAGCUCCAGCUCCAGCUCCUCUUCCUCCACCUAUGGAGAUAAAACCCAGACGUCCCGACAAAGCAACCAAACCGAAGCUUCCCCCUCGACCCAUGUCCAAAGUGUUCAGCAGCACUGAGCAUGGAGCUGCUGUGUUGCAGGGCUUCGAUAGUUUCCGGUCCGAUGAGACUCUCUGUGACGUUGUUCUGGUUCCUGGAGACAGUAAAGACACAUUUCCAGUCCACAGAGUCAUCAUGGCUUCAUCCAGCGACUACUUCAAGGCCAUGUUCACAGGAGGCAUGAGGGAGCAGGAGAUGAGGGAGAUCAAGCUGCAUGGGGUGACUAAGACGGGCCUGAAGAACAUCAUCGACUUCAUUUACACCUCCAAAGUCAGCCUGGACAUGGGGAACCUGCAGGACACGCUGGAGGCUGCAAACUUCCUGCAGGUCAUGCCCGUCCUGAGCUUCUGCAACCAGCUGCUGAGCAGUGAGAUCACUAUUGAUAACUGUGUGGAAGUGGAGCACAUCGCCACAGAUUUACUCCUGGAGGACGUUCAGCUCAACAUAGGUGAGUUUGUGAGCCAGAACCUGUCUGAGCUGGUGGAAUGUGGUCGCUACCUGCAGCUCUCUGAGACCACCAUGGCCAACGCUCUGGCCAGCAACUCUCUGAAGGGUUUCUCUGAGCUGGAGCUCUACCACAUCGCCAGAGGAUGGCUGGACCACGACCUUCCCAAACGCCGCUCCUCCGUUUACGCCUUGAUGCACCACAUUCGCUUCCCUCUGAUGAGCCCCAGCGAGCUCAUCCAGAUCUCCCAGGACGACGAAGAAGGAGGCGACUCCAUGAUGCGCUCGGAGACGUCCUGCGUCAACCUGCUGCUGGAGGCCAGCAACUACCAGAUGAUGCCUUUCAUGCAGCCGGCCCUGCAGACCGAGAGGACGCAGAUCCGCUCGGAUGCCACGCACAUCCUGGCGCUGGGCGGCGUGAUGCGACAGCAGCUGGUGGUGAGCCGAGAGCUGAGGCUGUACGAUGAGAAGACUGGCCACUGGAGAGCCCUGAGGCCCAUGGAGGCGCCUCGCUACCAGCAUGGAGUCGCUCUGCUGGGAGGCUUCCUCUUCAUCGUUGGAGGUCAGAGUACCUACGACACAAAGGGGAAGACAGCCAUCGACAGCGCCUACAGAUACGACCCCAGAUUCGACAAGUGGCUUCAGAUCGCUUCCCUCAAUGAAAAGAGGACCUUCUUCCACCUCAGCGCUCUGAAGGGGAAACUGUUGGCUGUGGGAGGAAGGAAUGCAUCAGGAGAGAUCAACACAGUGGAGUGCUACAACCUGAAGAAAAACGAGUGGACGUUUGUGACCAGCAUGGUGGAGCCUCACUAUGGACAUGCAGGAACAGUUCAUGGGGAUCUCAUGUACAUCUCAGGGGGCAUCACUCGCGACACCUUCCAGAAGGAGCUCUGGUGUUACGACCCUGGAUCCGACACGUGGAGCCGCCGGGCCGACAUGAUGGAUCUCCGAGGGCUCCAUUGCAUGUGCACGGUGGAGGACCGGCUCUACGUGAUGGGAGGAAACCACUUCAGGGGCAGCAGUGACUACGACGACGUCCUCAGCUGCGAGAUCUACAGCCCGGACUCGGACCAGUGGACGGUGGUGUCGCCGAUGCCCCGGGGGCAGAGCGAUGUCGGUGUCACCGUGUUCAACGGCCACAUCUACGUGGUGGGAGGCUACUCCUGGAACAGCCGCUGCAUGGUGGACAUCGUGCAGCGCUACGAUCCAGAGCGUGACGUCUGGGACCGAGUCUUCAACGUCCUGGAGCCGCUGGGGGGCAUCCGGGCCUGCACGAUGACGGUCCACCUGCCGGAGGGUUCGGUGGAUGAGGCCCAGAUCCAGGAGUGUCCGUUACCCACCGCCAAGAGCUGAGAGCAGCAGGGGAGUUGCAGGAGGAAGUCUGCAGCAGCAAAACAGGAAGCUGUGUGGGCUGCAAACACAGGCUUCAUGUGUAGGCGAGGCGGCUAGCUAAUAUUAGCAUUCUGCAGUCAGAAACUUUCGCUUUUUCUACCAAGCACAGGCUUCAUGUUCAGGUGAGAUGGCUAGCUAAUAUUAGCAUUCUGCAGUCUGAAACUUCCAUGUUUUCUACCAAACACAGGCUUCAUAUGUAGGCGAGGCAGCUAGCUAUUAUUAGCAUUCUGCAAUCUGAAACUUUCACGUUUUCUACCAAACAAGCUUCAUGUGUAGGAGAGGCAGCUAGCUAUUAUUAGCAUUCUGCAGUCUGAAACUUUCACGUUUUCUACCAAACAAGCUUCAUGUGUAGGAGAGGCAGCUAGCUAUUAUUAGCAUUCUGCCAUGAAACUUUCACAUGUUUUCUACCAAACAAUUCAUCUCAUGUCCCUCCUGCUCUGCUGCUUGGUCCAGAUUCUCUGAAUGAAAGACCAAACUGCUCAAUUCAUUUGACUUUGAGCUUCAUCAGUCAGGAAAACAGAUCAGAACCAACUCGAAGACAAAUCCUCCAAUUCAGCACCAAAAUACUGCUAAUGAAGCGUAAAGACGGCGUUAAACCAUCAGUGUUUCAGUUAAUCAUCUGUAAACUAAAAGGAACAAACUGAACUCUCUGUUUCAUGAUGAAGGAUGAAGGAGUCGCUGUGGUUUUGGUUGAUACAGAAAGACAGACAGAUGGAUGGAUGCUUACUGACUUAGUUAUUUACUUACUGACUUACAUACUUAGUUACUUAUUUACUUAAUUACUUAUUUACUGACUUAAUUACUUAGUUAUUUACUGACUUACACACUUAGUUACUUACUGACUUAAGUACUUGCUUAUGUACUUACUGACGUACAUAGUUACUUACAUGGUUACUUAUUUAGAUACUUACUGACUUAUUUACUGACUUACGUACUUAUUUACUUACUUAGUUACUGACUUAUUUACUGACUUACGUAUUUAGUUACUUAGCUACUUACUUACUUACUGACUUACUAAUUUACGUACUUAAUUACUUAUUUACUGUUUUACUGACUUAAUUACUUACUGACUUACACACUUAGUUACUUACUGACUUAUGUACUUAGUUGCUUACUUAGGUACUUACUAACUUAAGUACUUAUUUACUUACUAACUUACACACUUAGUUACUUCCUGAUUUAUGUACUUAGUUGCUUACUUAGGUACUUUCUAACUUAAGUACUUAUUUACUUACUAACUUACGUACUUAGUUACUUACUUACUUAGUUGCUUAUUUAGGUACUUACUGACUUACAUACUUAGUUACUUACUGACUUAGUUACUUGCUUAGUUACUUGCUUAGGUACUUACUGACUUAAUUACUGACUUACAUACUUAGUUACUUACUGACUUACUCAGUUACUUAUUGACUGAUUUAAUUACUUUCAGUAAGCUGACUUCCUGUAAUUCGUCUGUAAACUAAAGGAACUGAAUUCUCUGUUUCCUAAUGAACGGUGUUUUACCAGAUAACUGAUCUUCCAGUCAGGAGGUUUUUAAACCAUAACAACGUUUUAUUCCGAUUCGUAGACUGAAAUUCUCGUCCUUCUCUUAAUUCGGCCUGAAACCAACAAAGUCAGACUUAACAAACUUUCUUUGUGUCAUUUAAAGACUCGUUGAUCCACUUUUAAUGAGUUUCACCAAAUAAAAACCGACUAAAUGUUUCUGAACAUCACGAGUUUAAUAUCUUCUGGUUAGUUGUGUUUUGUACAGUUCUGCUGCUUUAAGAUGAAAUAAAACCUUUAUUCUGGA